AUGAGCAAUAUUAAAGUUUUCUGCAGAAUCAGACCAUUAAAUCAAAAGGAAACAUCUUUAAUCAGUUACAUUAUCAAGGAAUAAACCAUGCAAAUAGGUGAGUAAAAGUUUACUUUUGAUAGGAUUCUUGAUAGUAAUACAACCUAACAGGAGGUAUAUGAUGAAAUCGGAAAACCUAUUAUAGAUUAAAUUCUUUAAGGAUUCAAUGCUACAUUGCUUAUGUAUGGAUAGACAUCGUCUGGUAAAACUUACACUAUGAUUGGGGAUCAACACUAACCAGGAAUCAUUAAAAGAACCAUCAAUGAUUUAUUUGAUGCAAUAGACAGUUCUCCAACUGAGUGUGAAUUUCGUAUUAAAAUCUCAAUUGUUGAGGUGUACAAAGAAAAAGUUAAAGAUUUAUUGGACAUCAAUAAAUAGGAUUUAAAAAUAAGAGAAAUAGCUAAUCAAGGAUUCUACAUUUAGUAUGUGACCUAAUUAUGGGUCAGUGAUAAAGAGGAAAUUUAUAAUGCUUUGCAAAAGAGUUUGGUCAACCGAUAAGUUGGUUAUACUAAUCUUAAUGACAUGUCAUCUAGAUCUCAUCUUUUAUUUUAAAUGGUAAACCUUUAUUACAAUAUUAUUAGACAGUCACCAUGAACAAUGAAAUUGAAGGAACAUCAUAUACAGGAUAAUUGAUUAUGGCUGAUCUAGCAGGCAGUGAAAAUGCAUCUAAAGCAGGAACUACUGGAAUUGCAUUGCAAGAGGGAUCAUUCAUUAAUAGGAGUCUGCUAACACUAGUACAUCUUAAUAAUUAUAUGCAACUAGUCUAAUGUAAUUAAUGGGUUAUCAGAAAAAUAAUAACAUGUACCUUUCAGAGAAUCUAAUCUAACUAAAUUACUUUGGAAUGGUCUUAGCAAAAACUCUAUGACUUCCCUGAUUAUUACCUGUAGUCCAUGUAUUAGUAAUGAACCUGAAACUCUCAGUACUCUUAGGUUUGGAGUGAGAGCUAAAAUGAUUAAGACUUAACCAAAAGUAAAUAAAGAAGUCACCAUUAAAGAACUAGAAAUCCUAAAUAAUAAAUUGAUGAAAGACCUUGAAGAAAGAAAUUACAUUAUCGAUCAAUUGAAGAAGGACGACAACAAAGUUAAAAUCAUCAAAUUGGAAGAAUAAAUGUUAUAAUUACGCAAAGAAAAUCAAUUAUUGAAAGAAUAGAACUCAUAAUACAUAACUGAAUUAGACAUGAGAUCAUUAGAUUAUUAAGAAAUGUAAACGAAUUUCAAAAAUUCCUUACUUGAAUCAGAUCGAUUAUAAUAAUAUAAUCUGAACUUUCAGAAGUAAAUUGAGUAGCUACAAUAAAAUAAAGAAAUUGAAAUCCAUGAUCUAAAUUCUUAAAUUGAAAACCUUAAGUAAUAAUUGUAAUCAAAGGACGAAAUGAUUCAAUAAUUAUCCAAACAUCUAGCUGUAUUUCAAAAAUCUCAAUCCCAAAAUGCUCAAUUAUAAUUACAUGAACACUAUGCUGAAAAAUUAUAAAAUUAAAAUAUAGCAGAUUUGCUUAAAGAAAUAGAUGAACUUAAGAAAAAGACAUUUGAUGACAAAAAUGAGAUAAAAUAGUUGAGUAAAGUCAAUGAAAGUUAAAUCUUAGUUUUUACAAAACAAAUUAAUAAUCAGGAGUCUGAAAUCUCUAAUCUAUAAGAUCAGGUGAAAAAUUAUUAAUUGUAGCUAAUGAAAAAUAAUGAUGAAUUACUCAAUUUAAUGUAAUCAAACAAAAAGCUUCAGAAGGAUCUUGAGAAUAGAGUGAUGAAAGUCACUGAAUUAUAAGAGCAAUAUGAUUACCUGCUUGAUUAAUUUAAUAAAUUAAAGAAUCAAUUAAAUUAUGAAGAGGUUGGAGUGUAUGAAGAGAAUCAAAAACUACAUUAAUAAAUGCAAGAAAUUAAUAAAAAAUACCUACAAGAAGAAUCCUUAAGAAGAUCCAAUUAAUUAACUUCUAGCUAAACUUUGUAAGCAAAAUUAUCGAGAAUUCAACAACUUGAAUAGUAAUUAUUCUUAUUAUUAUUAAAGGGAGAAUUAUCAAUUAAAGUUGGACAUAUAAAACUCAUAAAUUUUGAGUUCGUAGAACAAUAAUAAUGAAUCUGUAAUUGUUUCAUAAUUUAAAUCUGCCAAUAAAGGAAGCAUGAUUUCUAAAAUAGUUAAAAAAUAAUAAAAUUAGAUUGAUUUAUAGUGA